AUGAGCUCAAACGCCAUGUGCUCCCUCAGCACGGACGACGUCCGCGACAUCGACGACUUGGACGAGCUCCGAGCGAUCCUCAAAGCGCACCGCCAAAAAUCCAAGCGGCUCAAGGCGCAGGUCGCCGUGCUGCGCGCCGCCGAAAUCCAUCGGGCCGUCCUCCUCUUCGACGACGCAGGGCGCGUCCGCGGGCCUACCCAACGCCGCCGUCUCGACCGAUCCGUCGCGGAUUGA